CCUUAUGUAGCAGCGUCUAAGCUGAUAAAGUGACAGUAAAGACAGAUGUAAAUGGGAAGUUACUACUAUUGAUGGAUCAUUUUUAUCAUGUCUUAAAGGAGGAUCCCUCUAUCUGGAGCUCCUUCUGGGAUACUUAUGAUACCUUGAUAAAAAUAGAAAAUCAAAAGGAAGCUAAUGAUAGCAAGUUUAUAAUAAUCAACAAACGAGUGUUUGAAAGUAAGAUGGAACUAGAUCUGAUAACGAUGAAAUUACAAAACGAUCAAAGACCAAUGAAUAUGGCUGAUUUUGCAUUAGAAUCUCGUGGAGGACGGAUCCUGUAUAGUAAAACAAGCCCUACAAGUAAUACGAUGGCGCCAUGGAAGUUUCAUAUUCGAAGACUCAUGGGACUGCCUGUCCACUAUUAUCCACCAAAAUACGCCAUUCAACCUGGACUCUACGUAGGUGAAUGCUGGUCUAUGAAUGGUUGCGAGGGCACACUUGGUAUUCUUUUAAGUGAGCCUAUAUUGAUACAUAGUGUAGCUAUUGAAUACCCUUCUUUACAUACAUUGAUGGAUAAAGUGAAUCAGGCUCCAAAGGAUAUAGAAAUCUUAGGUUUACCCAACUAUCCAAAUUCAGGUGAGCCUCUUUCAUUAGGUGAUAUUACAUUUAAUAUUCAUGGAUCCAAAAAUAAAUAUAAGAGCAAUUUACAACUGUAUAAUUUGGAUUUCUAUCCAGAGGUACAUUGAUUGAUUUACUAUAUAAACAUAUUCUUUUCGGUUUUUUUCUUCUACAAUAAAAUCCUCCUCUGCCAAAAAAAGAAAAAAAAAA